ACUAGCAGUUAUAUUCAAGCAUAAGGAAGACAGCCCACUACCUGUCGGCAACCACCAGCAGCAGCAGAAGGUGUUUAGAGAGAGAAAUAGAGAGUUCUAGAGAGAGAGUGUACUGUUUUGCUUCCUGUUCUGUUCCACAGAGGAGAGAGAGAGAGAGAGAGAGAGAGAGAGAGAGUCAAAAAAAGAGGAGUGUAGAGAGAGAAAGAGACAGUGUGGGGAGUAAUUUGAGUAGUGGGAUUCAAUGUUGGUCCAAGAUCGUUCAACCCCAAAAUCCCCCAAAACCCAGAACAGAGCACUGCCAACUCUCCAUCCAAAUCGUCGCUUUUCUGAGUCGAAAAGCCUCGAUUUCUCGACAUGGGUCUCUGAGAAUCUCUACAAAAUCGUCGCAAUUGGCCUCCUCAUCGCCACCGUCGCCGCCCUCUUCUUCCUCCGCAACGUCGGCGACACUGCCGCACUCCUCUGCUUCGAAUCCCAGGCCCAACAGCUCGACAAGAUCCAUUUCCCCCAAAUCAAUUGGAAUUCGAUCGAACCCAUUCUCGAUCAAUCGACCCCUUACUCGAAUUUUCGAUCCGACCGGUGGAUCGUGGUGUCCGUAUCCAAUUACCCGACCGAUUCGCUUCGAAAUCUCGCGAAGAUCAAAGGCUGGCAAGUGCUUGCGAUUGGGAAUUCCAAAACGCCCGGAGAUUGGAAUCUCAAAGGUACUAUAUUUCUUUCUUUGGAACAGCAAGCUCUAUUAGGGUUUAGGGUUGUUGAUUACUUGCCUUAUGAUUCGUAUGUUAGAAAAACUGUUGGGUAUUUGUUUGCAAUCCAACACGGUGCUAAGAAAAUCUUCGAUGCCGAUGAUCGUGGUGAUGUGAUAGACAAUGAUAUUGGUAAACAUUUUGAUGUAGAAUUGAUUGGUGAGGAUGCUAGGCAAGAUGUUAUUUUGCAAUACAGUCAUGAAAACCCUAAUCGGACCAUUGUGAACCCGUAUAUUCAUUUCGGGCAACGGUCCGUUUGGCCUAGGGGAUUGCCAUUGGAAAAUGUUGGGGAAAUAGGGCAUGAGGAAUAUUACACUGAGGUGUUUGGUGGGAAGCAGUUUAUACAACAGGGAAUUUCGAAUGGGCUUCCUGAUGUUGAUUCCGUGUUUUAUUUUACACGAAAAUCGGGUUUGGAAGCAUUGGAUAUUAGGUUUGAUGAGCAUGCCCCAAAAGUGGCAUUACCACAAGGUACAAUGGUGCCGGUUAAUUCUUUCAAUACAAUUUAUCACUCAUCUGCAUUUUGGGGUCUGAUGCUACCAGUUUCUGUCAGUACCAUGGCUUCAGAUGUAUUGAGGGGUUAUUGGGCACAAAGACUUUUGUGGGAAAUUGGUGGCUAUGUUGUUGUUUAUCCUCCUACAGUUCACCGCUAUGAUAGAAUUGAAGCAUACCCAUUUUCCGAAGAGAAAGAUCUUCACAUAUUCUCCAACUCUGUUUACAGGCAUCUGCCGACUAUAUUCAAUAGAUUCACCAGUGCUGAGGGGUUUUUAUUCCUUCAGGAUGAUACAAUUCUUAAUUACUGGAACCUGUUGCAGGCAGACAAGACUAAGCUUUGGAUCACUGAUAAGGUAUCUGAGUCCUGGAGUGCUGUGAAAACUGAGGGCAAUGCAGAUUGGUUUACAAAACAAGCAGACAUGGUAAAGAAAGUUGUUAGCUCAAUGCCGGUUCAUUUUCAAAUCAGUUACAAGGAAUCUAUGACGAAUGACCAUAGUCUUACGGUAUGCAAUUCUGAGGUAUUCUAUGUUCCUCGGCGCUUUGUAGUGGACUUUAUUGAUCUUGUAAAUCUAGUGGGGGAUCUAGAUAUCCAUCAGAAGGUUGCAAUACCCAUGUUCUUUUUAGGAAUGGACUCCCCUCAGAAUUUCGACUCGGUGCUCAGUACAAUGAUUUAUAAGCAAGAACCACCUUCCACUAAUUCUUCAAGCUUUUAUUCUCCUGAAGUACCUGCAAUUCAUCCAUGGAAAGUUUCAAGCGAGCAAGACUUCAUAAAGCUGAUUAGAAUUAUGGCAGCAGGUGACCCUCUCCUAAUGGAAUUGGUUUAAAGGCAAAAAUAGUUCUAUAACACAAGAAGACACAAACCGUGGACCACUUCGUCAAUUGUACACCAAGUUCUGCAUUUUUUUUGUACUAUUCUUUUGAAAGGGGGAAGGGGCAGGGGUUCUUUUGUAGAUUUUUCCUGUAUAAUUGUUUACGUGUUGGAGAUUUAACUCCCACAAAAAAACAGAAGGCAAGAAAAAAAUUACAAAAUUGUUCUCAUCUUUGUAUUUUUCAUUUUGCUUUCUGGAUUCGUAAGUUUUUCUUGUCUAAAUCUGUACAUUUGGUGGUUGAGAACUUUGAGAUUUAUACAAGUGAGAAAUUGAUAGCUUGUUUACUUA